CCCUGUUUUUACAAGGAAAUGGUUCAUGGGGAAACAAUGUGCACUUACAGUUCCGCAUCGUGUGUAGCCAAUGCAGUGUUUAACAGCCAAUACAAUAUCGAUGGGCGACUUAGUGUAGAAGCUCCCACGGUUGUUUUAGACCAGAUCACGGCGGUGGCUACAGUUGAGUUUAUUUGAAGGGGUUCUCACGUUAUGACAAGAUAGCAAGCUAAGGUUGCCUGGAUGGAGAACAUCGAGGAAUCGUCGCCGUUUCGGAUCACCCCAACCGUCCAGGCUUUGGGCUCCGCAUUACGGGGAGAACCUGAGAAUGUACGCGGUCCAAACGGUCCAGCCAGCGGUGACAGGAUCAAUGGCGAGCCAGAAAAGCUUUGGUUCAAAGAAAGCAGCGCGAAGAACCUUAGAAACAGGGACUUCUUGUCGCCUACUACAGUUUUAAAUACACUGUACGCGGAGGGACAGGUCCCCCCCUCCGUAAUGGGCCGUGUCUUGUCCCUGCGGGGACGCGGGGUGCUGCCCCUGGCCGGGGGGGAGGUCAUGGGAGAGGGUCUGAGGGUGAGGGUGGACCGCCCCACUGCCUUCAGACAGGUCCUGGCUCGGGCAGCAGACUACCUGAAGCCCUCUGGCCAGAGACAAGGUGGUGUGGUGCUCAACUGCCCCGCCCUCCAUCCCAAACCGAGUGCACCUUCCCCGGAUACUCUGACCCUGGGCCAGCUGCGCACAGUGCUGCUCACCGACCACCUGGGGGCGCUGCUGAGGAGACAGGGGUAUACUGUCUCCUUUUGCCCUGUGCUCCCCGAAGGAAGUGACACAAUCGUCUUCCUCCGUAUGCUGGGAAUCGAUUGGCCGACGGUCCCCUCCAGCUGGACCAAUGAGGAUAGAGAGGAGAGGCUGCUGGGAGCGUUGCAGAGCAGCCCUUACAGGGACGUCGAGAGCGAGGGCCGGAGGGAGGGGGCGGGGAGGAAGCUGGAGGAGGGAGAGAACGAGAGGUCGCUGAGGGUCAACCUGAAGAGGGUGUUUCAGGAGGAGGGGUUGCUAGGAUACGACCCCAGCCUGGGCACUUGUACAGUUCAUAGAGACAGUGUGUGUCAAAUGGCCCAACUAGACAGAGCUACUGAAGACUGCGUCUCCUCCCAGAGUCACAUACAACAGGUCUCCACGGCGACGGUGUUGCAUGUGACUUCCUGUCAGGAUGAGUUUCGUCAGCAGCAGAUCGCCAUGCUGUGGAGAGCCAGCGGCGCCAUGGCAACGCAGAGACAUGUGGUGUGUGGCCCAGUGAAGACUCCAGGGACUCACCUCACUGCUGCCCAGUACCUCCAGUUAAGAAGAGUCCAGAUGAAAGAGGCUUCGGAGAUGAAGUACGGAGAACAGGUGGAAGGCAAGACUUGGGAUGACAUCAUCAAGGUCAUGACCUCUGCCACCAUGAGGUUUGAGCUGCUGUCGACUGUCCACACCAGCCCUGUCACGUUGGAUGUUCAGAGGGAAGGGGGCGUGUCCACCAAGGGGCCCAGGGGCGGAGUCUUUGUCAUGUAUAACUGUGCCAGGCUGCACACUCUGUUUGACUCGUACGAGAGAGGGGUGGAGAAGGGGUUUUACCCAGAGAUCCCGGAGGGAUCCACCUUAGACUUCUCAUCUCUUAAAGAAGAGGGGGAGUGGUUGCUUCUGUUCAACUACUUAAUUCCGUUCUCCGAGCUCCUGGACCAAUCAGGGCAGGCGUUGGAGUGUGAAGGGGGCGUGGCCAGGGUCAACCUGAAGACCGAGCAGGUGUGUAAGUUCCUGGUCUCCCUGAGCAAAGACUUCAGCUCAUUCUACAACAGAGUGCACGUGCUCGGGGAGCCGUUGCCUCACCUCUUCAACCAGAUGUUUUGUCGUCUCCAGCUGCUGCGAGCCUUGAGAGAGCUCUACCACACUGCCCUGGACACGCUGCACCUGCCCCCUAUCCCCCAGCUAUAGCCCCACCACAACUACCCCUGGUACCCCAUCUGCCCCCUAUCCCCCAGCUAUAGCCCCACCACAACUACCCCUGGUACCCCAUCUGCCCCCUAUCCCCCAGCUAUAGCCCCACCACAACUACCCCUGGUACCCCAUCUGCCCCCUAUCCCCCAGCUAUAGCCCCACCACAACUACCCCUGGUACCCCAUCUGCCCCCUAUCCCCCAGCUAUAGCCCCACCACUCCACCACAACCAGCCCCUACCACAAAA